UCACCCUGCCCGCCAAGUGCGAGAAGAAGCUGUGGGACAUUUAUUACAUCGGCGCCGAGGCCCCCACCGCCUCAGAGGCGCUGAUCAAGAAGUGCACCACCUGCCCCCCGGCCCCGGGCAAGAAUUACAAGCACUGGCGUGCCGGCUUCUAUGCGGGGCUGCCGCAGAGUCUGGAGUUUGAGCGCUACGCCAAGCAGUUUGACAUGGUAGAGCUCAACGCCACGUUCUACGGCUGGUUUGACGAGGGGGUGUAUGACAGCUGGCGCGACAGCCCGUGCGACCGUGACGCCGAGAUAUUGCCUGCACUGUACUGA